CUGUCAUGGCGUUUUUUGUCUGUCGCCACAUAAUUUUUGAAAGAUUGACCUGAGAACGUCGUUGGAAGUCGAUUUUCUCGGGAAAUUCGCAGGUAUUUAUACGUCGCCACGUGAAUUUAUGAAGACGCCCCGAAGCUGUACAGUAGGAAAACCGUUCGGCAAUCAUGAGCGUUGACGCGUAUGGCCCCAGCUCUCAAACGCUCACAUUUUUGGACGUCGACGACGGCGGUUUGAUCGGGGCGGACACCCAGGGCUCCGAAUGCGAAUUUACCGAUUUUACUAUACCCUCGCAGACGCAGGCUUCGCAACAAGAUCAUGCGGGGCCCAAAAUACAUGGAGUGCAGCUCAACAACAAUAUAAACAACAAAAUCACCUCAGUAACCCAAGUACUGGGAGAGCUCCAGUUUGAAGAAGAAGAUGAGGAAUUCUACAACAGUAAAGAACUACCGGAUUUCGCGUGCAAAUAUUGUGGAAUACACGAACCAAAUUGCGUUGUCAUGUGCAACUUGUGCAAGAAAUGGUUCUGUAAUGGACGCGGAAAUACUUCCGGCAGUCACAUUAUCAACCAUUUGGUCAGAGCCAAACAUAAGGAGGUCACUCUCCACAAAGACGGUCCUCUGGGGGAAACCAUCCUAGAGUGUUAUAGUUGCGGAGUGAGGAAUGUAUUUGUAUUGGGAUUUAUCCCUGCUAAAGCCGAUUCUGUGGUGGUUUUACUGUGCAGGCAACCGUGUGCUGCUCAAAAUUCUUUGAAGGACAUGAAUUGGGACCAAGAUCAAUGGAAACCACUUAUAGCUGAUCGUUGCUUUUUAACUUGGCUAGUUAAAAUCCCCUCUGAGCAAGAACAGCUCAGAGCUCGUCAAAUUUCAGCUCAGCAAAUCAACAAGCUGGAAGAACUGUGGAAAGAAAAUGUUGAUGCUACAUUCCAGGAUUUGGAAAAACCUGGAGUUGAUGAAGAACCGCAACAAGUCCUUUUGAGAUAUGAAGACGGCUACCAAUAUCAAAAUAUAUUUGGUCCACUGGUGAAACUUGAAGCUGAUUAUGACAAGAGGCUAAAAGAGUCCCAAACCCAAGAAAAUAUUGAAGUGAGAUGGGAUGUUGGCUUGAAUAAGAAGACGAUAGCAUAUUUCACUCUGGCCAAAACCGAUGGGGAUAUGAAGCUCAUGCAUGGGGAUGAAUUAAGGCUGAGAUAUGUUGGAGAGAUGCACAAGUCAUGGGCAGGAGUUGGUCACGUUAUCAAAGUCCCUGAUAAUUACGGUGAAGAUAUCGGAAUUGAACUAAAAAGUUGUUCUGGAGCACCAACUGAAUGCACCAGCAACUUUGUCGUUGAUUUUAUCUGGAAAAGUACCAGCUUUGACAGGAUGCAAUCAGCUCUCCGCAAGUUCGCAGUCGACGAUGCUUCUGUGUCAGCUUACAUAUACCAUAGAUUGUUGGGCCAUGAAGUAGAGGAAGUGCUAUUUCGGUGCCAUCUACCUAAACAUUUUUCAGCACCAAAUUUGCCUGAUUUGAAUAGGUCGCAAGUGUACGCUGUUAAGCAUGCUUUACAGAGACCGUUGUCACUUAUUCAAGGGCCUCCUGGUACAGGCAAAACUGUUACUUCUGCUACAAUUGUAUAUCAAUUGGUAAAGCAAAAUGGCGGUCCUGUAUUAGUGUGUGCCCCCAGUAAUACUGCUGUAGACCAACUGACAGAAAAAAUACAUAAAACUGACUUGAAAGUGGUGAGAUUAUGUGCUAAAUCAAGAGAGGCCAUUGAUUCUCCAGUUAGCUUUUUGGCUUUGCACAACCAAAUUAGAAAAAUGGAAGCCAACAUGGAAUUGCAAAAAUUACAACAGCUCAAAGAUGAAACUGGUGAGCUGUCCAGUGUAGAUGAAAAAAGGUAUAGAAUGUUGAAGAAGUUAGCUGAAAAAGAGCUAUUAGAAGCUGCUGAUGUAAUUUGCUGUACUUGCGUUGGAGCUGGAGACCCGAGAUUGCUCAAAUUAACGUUUCAUUCUAUUUUAAUAGAUGAGAGUAUGCAGGCUACAGAACCCGAAUGCAUGGUACCAGUCGUUCUAGGCGUGAAGCAACUGAUUUUAGUGGGAGAUCAUUGUCAAUUAGGCCCGGUGGUUAUGUGCAAAAAAGCAGCCAGAGCCGGACUUUCCCAAUCUUUAUUUGAGCGAUUAGUAGUCCUGGGAAUAAGGCCCUUCAGACUAGAAGUUCAGUACCGUAUGCACCCAGAGCUGUCAAGAUUUCCAUCUGACUUUUUCUAUGAAGGAAGCUUGCAAAAUGGUGUCAGUUCAGAAGAGAGAAAACUGGCCAAAAUUGAUUUUCCAUGGCCCAUUUUAGACAGGCCAAUGUUUUUCCUCGUUACUCAAGGACAAGAAGAAAUUGCUGGUAGCGGUACAAGUUAUUUGAACAGAACUGAAGCUUCUAACGUUGAGAAAAUUGCAACUAGAUUCCUUCGGGCUGGAAUUAAACCUGAACAAAUUGGUGUAAUAACACCAUAUGAAGGCCAAAGGGCAUAUUUAGUCCAGUAUAUGCAAUAUCAAGGCUCUUUGCAUAGUAAACUGUAUCAGGAAAUUGAAAUUGCUAGCGUAGAUGCUUUCCAAGGCAGAGAAAAGGACAUUAUUAUUAUGUCUUGUGUGAGGAGCAAUGAACAUCAAGGAAUAGGAUUUUUAAACGACCCACGUCGUUUGAAUGUAGCUUUAACAAGAGCCAAAUAUGGAAUAAUCAUUGUUGGAAAUCCAAAAGUUUUGUCCAAGCAACCUUUGUGGAACCAUCUUUUGUCGUUUUACAAGGAACAAAAAGUUUUAGUUGAAGGUCCUCUUACCAACAUGAAGGAAUCCCUAAUUCAAUUUGCCAAACCCAAAAAACUGACGAAUUCUGAUAAUCCUGGAAGUCAUUUUAUGACAACAUCAAUGUUUGAUGCCAGAGAAGCAAUGGUUCCAGGGUCUGUGUAUGACAGGACAGGCUCUAAUAUGAAUGGUGCAGGACCUUUUGGAAACCUUGGCACAGGAUUUCAAUCGACCAGACCUAUGCAAAUGGACAUGUUUGGCAGAACUCAUGACCCUAUUGGCUACAUUGCCCCUGAUAGGGCUCAAGCUGGUUUAAACUUACCUGUACCAGUAGGUAUGUUCAUGAACAUGGCUCACAUACCGCCGAGAUUUUACAACCAGCAUCAACAAGCCAUGCAAGCUAGACAACAACAACCCCCGAAAGGACCCAAUAGACGACCACCGCAAAGACAAAAGGGCAGAAACCUCAGCCAAGAUCAAACCCAACCGUUUAGCCAGAGCUUGCAGCUCACGCAAGGCGGCAUGUCACAACCUGGACUUUCACAACCCGGAUUCAGUCUCUCUCAGCCCGGACUUAGCCAAGCUGAACUCAGUCAGGACUUGUAUAUGGCGGAAUAUCAAAGUCAAAUGGACGGGCUUUUGUCACAAGAUUCUACUUAUCAAGGAGACAGGUCUGCAUUUUACCAACCAAGUACGCAAUUCUCGCAGCCCUAUUGACUUAACAACCUACAAGACAAUCCAAUGAGAGACGCGGAAGCGACAACACGUUGAACAAAGCAGAGCCACAAAAAUUAGAAAGUGAGAAAUCGAAUCGUAAAAUUGCCAGUUAAACCAUCAGAUGUAAAACGAGAAAACGAAACUUAAAAAAAAAACACAUAAAAAUACAAUGAGAGAACCAUUUCGACAAACCAUCUGGAAGAACAUGGGCGCUAAUAAAAAAUGGACGAACGAGGAGUAGUUGUUUUCUUAAGGGCUUAUUAAUACAACAGCAAUAUGCAUUUUGUUGCGGCUAAGGCAAACAAUGAAACUGGUAAAAAAACCAUUUCGUUAUAAAUGUGACUAUAAUUGUUUAGUUACUCUAAUACAUAGUUAUUUUGUUUUUUUCUUAAUUAUUUGAUUAUUUUUAUUUAUUUUCUUUUCUCUUUGUUAAGGGGUAGUACUUUUUUUGUAAUCUAUGGCCAUCUAAACAUUAAACAUCGUAUGUGGAACGCAAAAUAAAAGUAAAACUACAAUUAAUAUUAAGCGAGGGACAUUUCUGGUAGAAAGUAACUUUCCAAUAAAUUUACCAAAUUUUCAAUUAUACAAACGGUACCAGGCUUGUCUAUCUUUUUAUUUUCUAGUAUAGAUAUUAUCUUUUAAUUUUUAUCAAAUGGAUUAUUGUACAGUGUGUUCAAAUAAAUUUGCUGAAAGAUUACAAAGUUGAGUAGUUUCUGUAUUUUUUUGAGCACAAUGUAUAGACCCAACAGUAAUAAGCAGGGCACAUUUAGUAUUUUAUGAUUUAUGUCUUUUUCUUUUUCAUACAUACAUCGUAUUUUUGUCAAUUCAUUAAAUAAAACUGCUCUAAUAGCUCUUUAGAGAACAUCACACAAAACAAGGGUCAAUAAAUUCAAUAAAAUAUAAAAAUAAAUGUUU